AUGAUGCAGGCUCUACUACUAGUUGUUUUGGCACUUACCAAUGUUGUUUAUGCGCUGCCAAAGCGAGGUCGCAUCGUCGGCGGCUCCCCGGCGCCAAUCGAGAUGUACCCUUUCAUGGCUAGCAUGCAAGUCAGUUGGUUCGGCGGAGCUCACAAUCAUGCUUGCGGAGGAUCCCUGAUUACAAGAACUGCAAUACUCUCUGCUGCCCAUUGUUUUUAUUUUUAUCAUCCGGAGAGACGAUGGAGAGCGCGCGUUGGGUGUCCCAUAUUAUCGAGCGACGGCGGCACCCACCUUGAGGUGUCACGUACUAUCUUGCACGAAGACUAUGUUCACAGGCUACUGUUAAACGACGUGGCAAUCGUCAGACUGGCAUCACCUGCGACACUUUCCAAUAAAAUUCAAUUGGCCCGCAUUGCAGGACCAAACUACGCCCUUCCCGAUAAUCUACGCGUAUACGUAGCGGGUUGGGGAUUAACACUCUAUGAAAACCAUGAAGUAUCGAAUGAGCUGCAACAUACGUACGUUUUUAUAAUCAACCAUGACCUCUGCACUAAGCGUUACGCUGAACUCGGGCGGCAACCUGGUAACGAAAACAUUCUAUCAAAAGUAACACCGGAAAUGAUGUGCACUGGUAUCCUUGACGUCGGUGGUCAAGACGCUUGCUCGGGUGACUCCGGUGGCCCUGUCGUGCGAGGAGGCGACAUCAUCGUCGGUGUGACAUCUUGGGGCCACACAUGUGCGCAUCCUCUUUACCCAGGAGUCAACGUACGUGUUCCAUCUUACACUCAAUGGAUCGUUGAAACGGCUGUGGCUUAG